CUUCAUAAAAUUUGCAUUCUUCAUCAGCAGGGUUUGUCUUGUAGAAAUCCUCCAAGGGAUCAGCACUUCGUGCAGCAGGCAUACUAGGCCACUUGCUUGCUACAAGAUGUGCCUAAUGAACUACCCUUUGGCUACAUAUAUCCAUCAUAUUCCUGUUAGUAACUGGCUGGCACCUUAACCCUGUCAUCUCCCAUUACCAUGGUUAAUGAAGUGUCAAUGGUAGAAGGAACAUCGCUGCACCUGAAGUCCACUGACACAAAAGGAACAUCAUAGACGGUCAAUAUGCCUUUAAUGGCUCCUCAACUGCCUUUCUAAUGGCAGCAUUGACAUCCUCAAAUGUAAUACCCUUCUCAACAUUCACAACAAGGCCAACAAUUGAAACACUUGGUGUUGGUACCCGGAGUGCAAUAUUGUUGAGCUUGCCCUAGAGCUGGGAUAGAACAAGAUAGACGACCUUGGCUGCACCGAUUCUUGUUGGGACUAUGUUCAAUGCUGCGGCCCUAGCUCUCCUCAAGUCACAUUGUGGAGUGAGUGUCCAAGAGUCUCUGCGUGAUCACAGAUAGCAAUUUAGCCUUCUUUAUUCAAAUAAAUCUUUUUAACUUUUUUUGUUGGAAUUCAUUUGGAAUUUAAAAUUCUUUGAAUUAGCUUAAGCUCUAUAUCCAAGUAGUAUUUUGGUCGGUGCGAGUAUCUGGUCUCCAAUUUAUUAAUAGAGAGAGAGGAUGGAACUCAAAAACUUUAUUCAUAUACAUCCGCUGCACUUCUUUGAAGAGUGGAGCAAUGUUUCCGGCAAGACUAGAGCUUUAACUUGCUCAUCAGGAUGUAGGCGGCCAAUCUCAACUCAGUUCUAUGCAUGUAUGGACUGUAAGUUUUUCCUUCAUAAAUCAUGUUCUGAGCAACCACUGAACAUCACUCACCCCUUACAUGAUAAUCAUCCUCUCACUCGUUUAGCCAGAGCAUCAUUCUUGGCUUCUUGUGGUUUUUGUGGUGGUAGUGUCAAAGGAUCUGUUUACCACUGUUCUUCUUGUAAAUUUGAACUUCAUAUCAAAUGUGCCUUGCUUCCAGAAUUCUUCAAUGGAGAUUUUCCUAAAGUUGAUCAUCACAUUCAUGUUGAACACCCACUCUUGUUCGUCAAAAAUCUUAGCCAUGAAGUUAAACUAGCUUCUUUCCGCCAUUGCAAUUUAUCAUCUGAUUCUUCCUUUUACACUUGUGUUGCUUGUGAGCUUUUCAUUCAUAAAUCAUGUUCUGAGACUGAGCUACCAUUGAACAUCAAUCACCCCUUCCAUGGGAAGCACACUCUUACUCUUAAUCUUCUUAAAGGGGAUAGAGCAGUACUCUGUCAAUUUUGUCAUAAUGAUCGUUAUCCUUCAGGAUUGUUUUACCAUUGUUCUUCUUGUCAUUUCAACCUUGACAUCAAAUGUGCCUUUCUCCCACAAUUCCUCACUGGAAAUUUCCCAAAACGUGAUCAUUUUAGUGAUGUUGAUGAACACCGACUCUUCUUCAUCCGCAAGGACCUUAUUAGCAGCAAUAAAGUUGAACUACGUUCUUGUUAUUGCUUUGUUUGCCCAGAAUCAUUAUCGGGUAAUUCUUUUUACUAUUGCCCAGAAUGUCAAUUUUUCCUUCAUAAAUCAUGUGCAUUAGAAGAGCUACCUUUGAAAAUUAAUCACUCUCUCCAUGAUAAACAUGCUCUUACUCUCCAAAAAGGCAGGCCCCAACAUAGACCACGAUGUAACUUUUGUCUUAAUUAUAUCGAGGGAUAUUGGUACAGCUGUUCUUCUUGUGUGUUCAAGCUUGAUCCGCGAUGUGCUUUGCUCAUCACCAAAGAUAUCCCAAAACGUGAUCAUCAUUUUAGCCAUGUUGAACACCCACUUGCCUUUGUCCAAAUUCUUAGCAACAAAGUUAGAAUAAGAUCUUCCUGCUUGCUUUGCUCAAAACCAUUAUUGGGCACUUCUUUUUACAAUUGUCCUGAUUGUGGAUUUUUUCUUCACAAAGAAUGUGAGGCAGAGUUGUUGCCUAAGAUUGAGCAUGUUGCCCACCCUGAACACCCUCUUAUUCCUGUAUUUUCAGCAAAUUAUACCUGCAACUUUUGCCAAGGUAAAAAUCAUGAGAAGAAAUUUGCAUAUAAAUGCCCUUGCCCUUCUUGUGUCUUUUAUAUUCAUUAUGAGUGUACCUUACCCAGCUUCUUCCCAGAAAGUAGGAUCCAUGACCACCAGUUGAGUCCAUUCAUGAGGAAAAAUCCCUUCAUUUGUGAUGCGUGUGGGGCGAAAGGAGAUGGUGCUCGCUACUUUUGUUUCAAGUGCAGUAUCAUGAUCCAUAAGGAUUGUAUUUUCCUGCCAAAACUCAUUAAAUUCAGACUGCACAAUCAACAUCUACUUGGCCACAACUAUAGGUUGCCACAAAAAGAGGGUGAAAAAUGGACUUGUCAAUUUUGUUUCAAAAAGGUGGUCACAGAGUAUGGGAGUUACAAAUGUUUGCACUCAGACUGUAAUUAUGUUCUUCAUGGGAGUUGCGUAAAAAAGAAUGAAGGUCUUUAUAGCGAAGUUGAGUCAGAAAAUGAGGAAAGUGAUAAGGCUUCUUCUUCUUCAAGUUAUGCUGUGGCGCUAGGAGACAAGAUAGAUCAUUUCAGCCACAAGCAUGAAUUAGUGCUUGAUAAUGAGGAGAUUAUUACAAAUGGUGAUAAAAAGUGUUGUGAUGGCUGUGCAUUACCUAUCUUGACUGCCACUUACAGUUGUCCACUGCCACAGUGUAAUUUCUCCCUUCACAAGGCCUGUGCCCAAAUUGGAGAGCACAAACCACAUUGGGCUUUCCGAGAUCCUCUUCGAGUCAGCAUGAACUUCUAUUUUAGAUGUCAAUUUUGUAAGUAUGACUGCAGCGGUUUUUCUUCCUGGAAACGAGAUGACGAUGAUUAUGAUGGUCUUGGCAGUAAAAUUUGCCUCAGAUGUGGCGAGAUCCCUUUCAUCACUAAGCAUGAAGCACAUGCUCAGCACUCCCUCUUCUGUGAUAGAGAACACAAGGGACCAUGUAGUGGCUGCGGUGAGGAAAUGGGUUCUUAUGGUGGUUACAAAUGCACGCUAGCAGAGGAAGAGGAGAAUUGCAAAUCUUUUGCCUUGGACUACAGAUGCCUGACACGGCCCCUUACAGCUGAACAUAGGUUCCACCAUCAUCCUCUAAAACUCACUUAUCAAGAUCCUUACAAGGAUGAUGGUGAUCCAUUUCAACACAUGUGUGAAAUCUGUGAAGAUAGAAGAGAUCCAAAGCUUUGGUUUUAUCGGUGUGAUGAGUGCGAUUUUGAUGCUCAUCCCGAUUGCGUUCUUGGAGAAUACCCAUUCAUCAAGCGCGGUAGCAACUGUGGGAGCAUCUAUGAUUAUUAUAGUAUAUGUCAUUCUCAUUAUCAACCUCUCAUAUAUUUCCAGAGGGAGAAAUAUCCCUAUCCGAACUGUGAUGAGUGUGGCUAUCCUUGCAAAGAUCUAGCUCUUAAAUGUCCCGAUUCUGAAUGCAGCCUUGCUCUACAUUUUCUCAAGUGUUCCUGAUGGCGACUUUAACAUAUGGAGGCGGUAACGGCGUCCACUGUAAAGAUACAGGAAACUCAGACUAAAUUGGUAAUUCUCCAUUUUUUAAUUUGAUAGCUUGAUUUCAAUCUUUCUUUUCUAUAUAUGUCAUAAAUUGUUUUCCCAAAAUUCAAACACUAAUGAAAUUAGUUUGAUCGG